UUCUUGUUCAUUCUUAUUUCUGCGUCGAACGGCAUUGGAGUUGGUUCGUGGGAAUUGUCUGUGAUAACCGGUAAAAUAAUUGUACAGUUAUUUUUUAUAUCAAAGUUCUAUUUCUAAUUUUCAUCUUCUCACUCAAUCAAAGAUGUCUUGCCCAGUUCCAGUAGCUCCAGCUCCCCCAGCCCUCAAAGAUCUUCCCAAAGUGGCAGGAGACUUGAAGAGCGAGCUGGAAGGUUUCAAAUCGAGCAAUUUGAAAAAUGCAGACACUCAAGAGAAAGUUGUUCUGCCUUCAGCUGAAGACUUGGCACAAGAGCGCACCCACAACGCCCUAAUGGAUGGGGUCGAAAAUUUCAAACCUUCCACCCUAAAACGAACUGAUACCAACGAGAAGAUCGUAUUACCGAAUGCAGAAGAUGUAGCAGCCGAAAAAACAGAGAAGGCUUUGAUAGAAGGAAUUGAACGUUUCGAUACCAGCAAGCUGAAGCACACCUUAACCCAGGAGAAGAACCCGCUUCCCGAUAAAGAAGUUGUUCAACAAGAAAAAACCCAUCAAACUCUACUGAACGGAGUUGAACAGUUUGAUAAAACCACCAUGAAGCAUGCUGAAACUGCUGAAAAAGUAGUUCUACCAGAUAAAGAAGUAAUCGAGCAAGAGAAGGGCCAAAGAAAUUUAAUCUCUGGAAUUGAAAACUUCGACAGCACUAAACUGAAGCACGCCGAAACACAGGAAAAGAAUUCAUUACCUACCAAGGAAGUCAUCGACCAAGAAAAGAGUGCUUAAACAUAUAUAUCUUGGUGCUCAAUCUCAAUCGAAUGCCAAUUUUUGUAUUAUUUUAUACUUUUAUAUAAUGUUUGACAUACCUAUUUAUAUUGUAAGAUAACUAUCUAUUGAAAAGUACCAACCAUAUAUAAUAUUCACGUCAGUUUGUUGAAUACAAAACAUUUUAGGUAACUUUUUGAUGUUAAGCAUUUUUUUUCUGGGAUAUCUUAAUUAUUAGUAUAGGUACUUAUUUUGUAUUGCCUUAAGUGUACGAACUGACUUGAUUUUUGCAUGAAAUUUGGUGCUUGAGUAAAUUAUGUACGAAAAUUA